UGCCUGACAACAGGCCUUGAUAAAUAAUGUAAGAUGGAUUUGUAAAACCUCUUCAAUGAAUAAUUCUAUGCCAGAAGUUCCACCUUGUGUGUGCUACACCGCUUUACAGUCAAUAAAUAGAGGAAAAUGAGAUCUGAGAUGGCAGUACGUGUUUUAAGGGAAGCCAAUGCAUUCCUUUAAACCAGCAUGUAGGCAAGGCGAUAACGAGUGCAUUUUAAAGGGACAGGGGAGCGGAUGUCUGGUUUUGGCAGAUUAUUCAGUGUCCCUCCCCCUGAGCUUGAGCCAGCUUCUUUUACCCCUGGCCUGCAUGCCACUCGAGAGCUCCUAAUAUAGACCCAACUGCUUCAUAGGAAAGGGCAGCAAACUAAGCGGAGUCCCCAGCAGUUUGAGUUUGCUGCUUUGAAAUCAACUUUUUCAUGGACACACCAACAGAAUUAUGGAGCCUCCCUCACAGGUGUUACUCCCAGAAAAGAGGAAGGAAAUAAAGAAACAGGAGGCUGACGCCACAGUCUACAUGAAUUUCAUGAAAAGUCACUGCUGCUAUGAUGCCAUUCCAACCAGCUGUAAACUGGUCAUAUUUGAUACCACACUACAAGUGAAAAAGGCCUUUUUUGCACUGGUGGCAAAUGGCUUGAGGGCUGCGCCUUUAUGGGACAGCAAGCUGCAGAGAUUUGUGGGUAUGCUGACUAUUACGGAUUUCAUCAACAUCCUCCAUUGCUAUUACAAGUCCCCUUUGGUUCAAAUGUAUGAGCUGGAGAACCACAAGAUUGAGACAUGGCGAGGUGAUUCAUUUCAAAAUAUCUACUUACAGUGUUCCAAUCACUUCCUCAUUAGUAUUUCCCCAGAGGCCAGCCUCUUUGACGCCAUCUAUUCCUUACUCAAAUAUAAGAUCCACAGGCUGCCAGUCAUCGAUCCAGAGUCUGGAAAUGUCCUGCACAUUCUCACCCACAAAAGAAUCCUCAAGUUUCUCCAUAUAUUUCAGAAAAAAGUUCCCAAGCCUGCAUUCAUUGGAAGGCAGAUCCAGGAGCUUGAGAUUGGGACGUUCAGGAACAUCGCCACUGUUCAGCAAACAGCAUCACUUUAUGAUGCCCUCUCCAUUUUUGUGGAAAGGCGAGUGUCUGCACUACCUGUGGUGGAUGAACAAGGCAAAGUGGUGUCACUCUACUCAAGAUUUGAUGUGAUAAAUCUAGCAGCCCAGAAGAUGUACAACAAUCUGGACAUGCCGAUGCAGGAGGCCGUUCGCAGGCGCUCAUGUUUUGUUGAGGGAGUAAUCAAGUGCUACCCUGAUGAAACCUUGGAAAUCAUCAUAGACCGUAUAGUCAACGCUGAGGUAGAUGUUUUUCUUUGAAUGAGUUUGGUCUCAAAUAUUUCUCAUGAAAUCAGACAAUCUGCAAACUACAGGAGAAUGUUCUCUCCUUGUCAUUUUCAGGUCCAUCGGCUGGUCCUGGUGGACCGGGCUGAUGUGGUGAAGGGCAUCAUCUCUCUGUCUGACCUGCUGCAGGCCAUGGUCUUAACCCCCGCAGAAAUUAACUUGUGACUGAAAUGAGAGACCACAAAAGGAAGAAAAAUUCCCUGGCUGUGCUGCUGUUUACAUUAAGCUGUCUUCCAUGAUUUAUGUGCUGUGUUCAAGUAACUAUAAAGGACAGCGAGCCAGCCUUGAAAAUGUACUGAAUCUCUAUAGGUCUCCAAGCACAAUGUCCAUAUUGGCUGCAUUUGAUCAAAUUGAUCAAUAUGUGUUUAUGCAACACUGUAUAUUUCUGUAUUAAACAUUUGUAUCAAAA